GAUUUGUUGUAUAUUACAAUGGCUGUUGGCAGGACGGAUCUCCAGUAGCGGUCAGUGUUGCAGCGAAACUGAAGAAGCCUCUGACUGAAGACACUCUUCCGUUGUCGGACAGUCUUGUGAAGAGAACGCUCAGGGUUGUCCAUAAUUUUCUUGAUUCUCUGGAGAAUCCUUCUUUGCAUUAUCUCCUCCAGCGGUUCCCGAACAGCCGAAACUCUGGCUGAGUCCUUGAAAGGGCUUGGAGUUCCUCCAUCUUGUUGACCAGUGAUCUCACAUUGCCCAUUAUGAUCGAUGGAAGAGAUGGUUUGAAUUUCCUCUCUCUCUGUGUCUCCGUUUUGCUCACGCUCUGCACCCACGCUUCUUGCAUUUUAGCUCAUUUGGGAUUUGUGGCUUCAGUUGAGGUAUUAUUUCAGCCUUUCCAAUGUUAAUCAGCUGCUCCCGAUUGUAAACCAGCUUGUUGCCAUGGUUACGCAUCAUAACAAAUGCUCAAAAAGUGAAAAAAGCUAAAAAAAAAAUAGCAGUAAAAAUCCUCCAAGCUUCACAGCACCAGAAACAGAAAAGUAAAGUGUCCAAAAAAUAGUUUUUCUUGAGAAACUAGAAGAGAAAAUGCUCAAGAAAAGGCUAAACUUACAUAUAGUCAACAGAGCUACUCCAACAUGCAGCCACCCAGAGCAGCGCAGUUCCGGAAAAAAAGUCACUGGAAUGAAUCAGAUAAUGAGUGGGCCUAGUGUGUGUGGAACAGCAAGUCACACUGGAUGGCAUUUGAAUGACCUGAAUUGACCUUGAGUAUCGUUUGCUUUGAAUUUAAAUUAUGAGGAAAUGUGACUUGUCUAAAUGGAAGCUUAAUUUAUACUAUAAAACACUGUGUUUACAACUUAUUUAAUAAAUUGAAACUGAAAUGAAGCUCCAAACAAAUGCUCAAAAAUCUAAUAAAUAUUUUUACUUGUCAUGUUUGUAUGAUGUUUCUGUUGGACCCUCAGUGAGGUUAGGGGUUAACACUAGUUAAGCUUCUCAAAAUAAAAGUACUUUUGGUUAACAUUUGUUUCAAAAUAAAACACAGAACGCCACUUUGCCUUCCACCACGAGACGUGCUGCUUUUAUUUUAUAAACACGGCGUAAUUAUUUCCGGUGUGUUUUUAAUCGUACAUGUUAGCUCGAUGAAACUAGGGGUCAGCAUCGAGCAAGGUACAGUUAAGCAGGCUGUGUAGCACAACAAAAUGAGAUCUGUGGAUUGAAUUAGCCUUUGAACUGUCGCACUGGAGUGUAGCGUGCCGAACAUAAUAAAUAUCACCCUGUCACUUCCCCUCCUGGAGAGACGAAGCGGCUGAACCAACAGCUACCGGGCCUCGUCGUCGUGGCCCAGCAAGACUCGAGUGAAGUUGACAGCGGACUGACAAACUUCUGCUUCCUCCAGCGGCUCUCCACAGGGCCCGGGGCUCCUGUCACCGGUCCUGUGGUUGAGGAAAUAAACCGAGAUUAAAUUAUUCAUCAGGAGAAAGGAAUCCCUUUGAUGGGAGAGUCUUCUAUCCUGGCCUCCUGGGUCAAUUGCCGUGCCAUGAUGAUGGAUGAGCAGGAGGCCCUGAACUCCAUCAUGCAGGACUUGGCCGAACUGCAACGCUCCAGCCGCCCUGCUACCUUCCUGUCGGACCUAGGCAAACCCAAAGCCUCCUCGCCCAAGAACCAGAAUGAUGUGAGAGUGAAGUUUGAAUUUAAAGGAGAGAAAAGGAUCUUACAGUUUCCUCGACCCGUCAAGCUGGAAGAUCUGAAGGCCAAAGCUAAAGUGGCUUUUGGUCAGACGAUGGACCUUCAUUACACCAACAAUGAGUUGAUGAUUCCGUUGACCACCCAGGAUGAUCUGGACAAGGCUGUGGAGCUGCUGGAUCGCAGCGUUCACAUGAAGAGCCUGAAGAUCCUCCUGGUGCUCCAGAACCCUUCCUCCAGCAUGGACCUUCUGCCGUCCCACGAGGAGCUGGACAACACGGGGUUCAGGGCUUUGACAGGUUCCCACUCCACAGACCGGAGCUCCCCUCCUCCAGGAUACAUUCCCGACGCUCUCCACCAGGUUGCGAGGAACGGCUCCUUCACCAGCAUCAACAGCGAGGGGGAGUUCAUCCCUGAGAGCAUGGAUCAGAUGUUGGAUCCGCUGUCCAUGAGUAGUCCGGAGAACUCGGCAUCUGGAAGCUGUCCCUCUUUGGACAGUCCUCUGGACAGCGACUAUCCUAAGUCCAGGAUGCCUAGAGCUCAGAGUUACCCGGACAAUCACCAGGACUUUCCAGAGUACGACCAUCCUGUGUUUGAGAAGUCGGGGAAAGGCGGGACGUAUCCUCGUAGAUACGGGAUUACCUUCGGUCUUCAGGAUUACAGUGACGGAAGGAAGACGUUCCCUCGGGCUCGGCGAACGCAGGUUCACAAUUUCCGCUCACCCGUCAGUUUCAGCCCGACGGAGCAGUCGCCCAGCACCAGCAGCGGCAGCAGCGUCUUCACCCCCGACCUGGAGGAGGCUCCCGGACCCACCAGGAGACGGAGAGACAGCGACAUCGAGCCAAACCCCAACCCGUCUACAGCUCCAACCCUCUCGGUCAUGGACAUCAGCCCCCCCAGCCGCUCUCCACGCGCCCCAACCAACUGGCGGCUGGGGAAGCUCCUGGGUCAGGGGGCUUUCGGACGAGUCUUCCUGUGCUACGAUGCGGAUACGGGACGAGAACUGGCAGUUAAACAGGUCCAGUUCGACCCAGAGAGUCCAGAAACCAGCAAGGAGGUGAGCGCGUUGGAGUGUGAGAUCCAGCUCCUGAAGAACUUGUGCCACGAGCGGAUCGUUCAGUACUACGGCUGUUUGAGGGACAGCAUGGAGCGGACGCUGUCCAUCUUCAUGGAGCACAUGCCAGGAGGUUCCAUUAAGGACCAGCUGAAGUCGUACGGAGCGCUGACGGAAAACGUGACACGGCGCUACACACGGCAGAUCCUGGAGGGGGUCUCCUACCUGCAUGGAAACAUGAUCGUGCACAGAGACAUCAAAGGGGCCAACAUCCUGCGAGACUCUGUGGGGAACGUGAAGCUGGGGGACUUUGGGGCCAGCCGGCGGCUGCAGACCAUCUGCCUGUCAGGGACCGGGAUGAAAUCGGUGACAGGGACGCCAUACUGGAUGAGUCCGGAGGUCAUCAGUGGAGAGGGGUAUGGCAGGAAGGCCGACAUCUGGAGUGUCGGCUGCACCGUGGUGGAGAUGCUGACUCAGCGGCCUCCGUGGGCGGAGUUUGAGGCCAUGGCAGCCAUUUUUAAAAUUGCUACCCAACCCACCAACCCGGUGCUGCCCGCCCACGUGUCGGACCACUGCAGAGAGUUUCUCAAACGGAUCUUUGUAGAGACCAAGCAGCGGCCGUCGGCAGACGAGCUGCUGAGGCACAUCUUUGUACAUUAACCCUAAUAACUGAAGCCCCGCCCACCUGCAGAGCUGCCAAAUACAGCCUUACCUGAAGGGGCGGUCCCACUGCUUACUCCGCACCUUCUGCCUUCACUCUGAGACCACAUUGGACCGGGAAGGACAGGCUGGAGGGUGGUUGGGUGUUCUGGCAAUAGAGGAAUUGAUUGAUUUUAGUUUAUUUUUUGACUACUUGCACCUUAAGUUCUCGACCGGUGAGAAGUCCAGCACUUCCUCCUGAAGUGACCGAUAACUCUUUGGAAGCGGUUCUUUUUUUAUGUUGUAUGAUUCCUCUCCUCCAUACCCUGGAGGGGGGGGCGUGUCGGUGUUGUGGACCUGCAGGAGCUGAGGCCCGACUCUGGGGAUGCCCCUCACCCCUAUCUCGCUGACCCGACCCCAGAAUGUAACCUCCUGCCAGAGCCCAGAGCGGCGCUGAUGACCUGGACCUGCUGCUUCCGAGGAAACCCUGGCUGCAGAGAUCCCUCCCUGAGGAGUUUCUGCUCUCCGGCCUCAGUCUUCGUCUCUUCUUCAGCUCCGUCUUUGCCGUGUGCCUUUUCUGUUUUUAAACGUGUCGGAAUGAGUCUGGAUUCUGCUGUCGCUCCGUCGUGUUUCUCCUCCUGGAUGAACCAACCUCCUACAUGCUGUUAGACCAGAACCAGCUGAUCUCAGGUCAGUUUCUGUAACAGCUGGAAUGUUUCCGAUCCUGGCUCGGCUCGUUUGGAUCACAUGUAACCAAAUAUCCCUCAGGCGUGCUGUUUGGAAAGUUCUCGGAUUAGGAUCAGUUCCUGCUGUUCAGAACGUAGAAAGCCCCGGUGUCGAAGUCGAUGAGCUAUUUAGACGUUUGUGUGACCAAACCUUAACUGUCACAAAUGAUGGAUGAAGGUGUUUUUAUUUAUUUAGUCCCAACAGCCCUUUUAAAAAAAUACCAUGCGGGCCAAUCAUAAUGCUGCUGAUACGGUGUGUGUUAUGAACGCACCGUGGCGGCAUGGCGUUGCGGGAAUUUUGCGGCGUUCGUGCCACCACGCUUGAUAGUAAUGUUGCCACAACACCGGACUUGUAAACGCAUAUUACGUCUUGACGUGUGGAGUAACUGUCAUUGAAAAUGAAGUUUUGCUUUUGUAAUCAGAACCAGCUGAGAUGAUUAACUGGAGCGAUGCCGAGCUCCGGGAGUUUCUCUCUGUUAGAGCUGGAGCUCAGAUCACCAGAGACAGCACGGGGGCUGUGGAGGACAGACACCUUUAGGAGCAGCUUAUCAAAAAACUUAAUGAGCGCGGCUUCCAUUGCAAUAAAAAGCAAGUUAUGUCCAAGAUAAACGGAAGUCCUCUGCAGUGCAGAGACCGCCCCCACGCUCUCUUUGUACCACCAUCGUGUACUCUUUUGUAAAAAGGACACGACUGCGCCACGUUACCGCCACAGUCUGACCACUUGAGGGUUCUAGGGUGAACCCUGAUGGGUUUUAGUGAGUUUCAUUUGGGUUAUGUUCUGACUAGGGAUGCAACGAUACCACUUUUUUCCAAACCGAUACUUGGAUCUGAGAACUUACCGAUACCGAUACUUCUACCACACAAAGAAAUGCUAUGAUUUGGAAUACAGAUUUUAUUUUCUUCUCUGCUUUCAACAGGAAAAGACUGUGAGGUAGAUAAAAAGUAAAAUAUAUGAAUGGAAAUCAUCACAAAACUAAAACAUUAGGUGAACAGAAAUGACAAGUUAUAGUGAAGCCAUUUUCAAGCAACUGCAUUGGUAUCGGUUAACUUUUACAGAUACCGAUACUGGUAUUGGUAUUGGUGCCGAUACCAAUACCAGUAUCGUAUCGGUGCAUCCCUAGUUCUGACAAGCAGCAGAAUAGGAGAGGAACAUCAGACAAGUGCAGAAUAAGGCUGGGCGACGUGGCCUAAAAUGGACAAUAACUACAUGUAUGCACUAAAACAAGUUGUCCACUAGAUGGGGCUGUUGCAUGUAUUAUGCCUGGUCCUUAAAGGAACGUGAACAUCACCAACCUGCACACAUAUUUUCUUUUUUUUAAUUACCAAAUUUAUUGUCAUUGGGAAAAUAUCUGAGUCAGAAAUUUUGACAACGAUAACAUUUAGAUGUAUUGCCUAGCUCAGUGCAGAACCAUCACACCUGGACUCUGGAUCUGCUCAUGCUCCUCUGCUGGAGUGGGUUCUGAUCUGUUCUGCAGCCACGUGUCCUUGUACACUCCUACAGGUUAGAUCCACACCUGGAGGUGGUUACUGCUCCCAGCCAAACAGAAAAGCUUCAGAGUGACACUCCUAGAAAACAAACAGCUGAGAUCAUGAUAAUGAAACUGCUAUGGCGGGUUAAAGGUACGGUUUCACCUAUCGGUGUUUCGGAUUUUUAAAAGUGCAAUCAGAAAAUUUUACAGUUGUUUUUUUUUUUUUUUUUUUUGCGUCUUGUUUUUUACAGAACACAAAGAGCCCAUGCUUUGAUAAUUAAAGGUGCAGUAUGUAAGAAUAUAGUGAGAAUUUUACAGUGAAAAAAUCCCAAAAGAGUAAUUUUUCAGUCAUGUUGGAAGGAAGGUUUGACUGAAACAUGUGUCAUAUCCCGCUGGCUGCUGGACUGUCCGAUUUUCUCCUUUCAAAACGAAGGAGGGACGUAACUGUUUACCAUCAGUGUGUGUGGGGUUUUUGUUUCUUUAUAUAACAAAUUUAAAAACAGCAUUACAGCAGACCAAAGCGCUGAACAGGUGGGGUUACCGUGUCUCCUGCGAGCUAAUGCUGCAGCGUCGACAACUUUAAUUUGAUGACUGCCGGCAACAAGCUCCAGAGUUGUCGCAGUAACCAGAUUUAACCACAGGAUGCCAUUUUUACUUCAUUUCUACAUAAUGCACCUUUAAAAACUGUUUACAGAGAACAGAUUGUGGUACUGAUGCUGUUUUAGGUUAUAGCGGGGAGGAUUUCUGAAGGCACUUAAACUCGUGUUAAAGGUGUAGAUUUAGUUUCUCUGUGGGAAACGUUUCUGCUCCACACACGGUGUGGAAACGGACUCCAACUGCGUUUUAACGGCGACCCAAACGGAUCUGUGAAACAGAACCUCCUGCAGAGUCGGCCUCUGAUCAGAGAGAACGAUUCUUAACUGUCUGGUACUGAUGGAGGUCCUCGCCCGCUGCACGGAUAAACCUUCAUCACCUUUAUGCACUAGUGAUGAUUCUCUCACGCUUUCUCUCCGUUUCCUGUUUAGCUGAAGCAGUUCGCUUCAAAAACCUUUUCUUUGCACACUUGAGACUUUUUAUUUAAUUGUGUGUGUGUGUGUGUGUGUGUGUGUGUGUGUGUGUGUGUGUGUGUGUGUGUGUGUGUGUGUGUGUGUGUGUGUGUGUGUGUGUGUGUGUGUGUGUGUGUGUGUGUGGGGUCUAGUUACCCUCUAUCGAAUGUAACGUGUCAUUUGUUCUUCACCACAGUGGAUUAACUCUUCAGUAUUUACACCUGUAGUUCUCUUAUUAGCCACUGCUGCCACUCCUGUGUGUGUGUGUGUGUGUGUUUUGUGCAUUUACUGCAGAACUUGCUCCUUGGAUCCUGCACCCAAAAUGCCUCGAGCGUUCUGACUGUAGAGGGUGGGAACAUGAAAACAAUAAGAAAAUGUACAAAUGUGUAAAAUCAAAUUGUAUGUUUUAUUUGUUUUUAAAGAAAAGUCCUCUUGUAUCCUGUUUGGUGUGUGUAUGUUGUAAAAGAAGCCAUGUUUAUAAUUCAAAUUGGUUUGUGACCAAUGCGCCUGUUUAUAUCAGAUCUGUAUAUCAGUGGUACGCAUCAUUUUUAAUAUAUAUUUUUUAUUUUCCUUUUUUAAUGGGAGAUUUUAUGCAUGGUUGGGUCCCGAGAGACGCAGCGGUGCCGUCGAAUGGUUGCUGUUUUGUGGAGUAUUGCAACAGCUCUGUGUUCAUAAUUACAAAUUAUGAUGAGGAAAAUAAUAAAAAAUAUUUAUUUCA